AUGAGUUUUCUUUGCUUAGCAGCAUUCGAUCGCUGGGCAUGUACAUCUCAAUCAGCUCGUAUUCGUCAACUCAGUUCGACUUAUGUAAGUCUUUGGCUCUUUCCAAUUCCUUUUAUUUUCUGGUCACUCUUCAAUCUUCCAUGUCUCAUAUAUAUGGAUCUAAUAUCACCUACUUUCACUUGUUGGUUCACCAAUGAUCUCUUCGAAAAGGUUACCAGCUAUUUUCUUGGACCAAUUGUUCCUAUCAUUCUUCCUCUUAUCAUUCUCAGCAUAUUCGGUAUUCUAACAUAUCGACAUAUUUGUCUUCUCAAACAGGUUCGACAACAACCUGUUCAAACUCGAACACAUAUGUGGGAACAACAAAUGACACGAAUGAUGUUUGCUCAAACUGUGUCAUGUAUCAUAUGUACACUACCUCGAGCGAUCUAUAUCAUUUACUCAAUAGCUACACUUGAUGAACGUGCAACACGAAGCUUUGAUCGAUUAUGCAUAGAAUUACUUGUCGAAUAUCUCACUGUCUUUAUUAUGACUAUGAAUUUUACAUCGUCUUUCUACAUCUUUCUUCUAUCGUCACCACGACUUCGACAAACAAUUAUGUUGAAUGUGAAACAUUUGUUACAUGUGCGACAUAAUAACAUCGCUCCUUCAAACAUAAAUCAAUUUGAACCAUCACUGGUUACGCACAAAAUUGAAAAAAACAACAUUAAAACAAAUCUUAAGGCGAAAAAUAUCGGACAAAAUUAG